AAAAGAACAGAGCCAGUUGGCACUUUCUCUGCAUUCACUGUCUUCGACUCUCAUUCUCCCCGUGCUUCCACCGCAGCAGCGCCGCCGCCGCUUUCCGCCUCCACGGUCUUCAAUAUCCCAACGCCGUUGUCAGCCCCUCGAAUUCCUAAAUGCUUUCCCAAUCAAAUUCCUCCUCUUCCCUCUUCCAUUCCACUCCCCAUCUUCUGCAUUUUCCCACCGCCGCCGCCUCUCAAUCCCUCCUCCGCCUCCCACCUGCCGCCGCCAACCUCUGCUUCCCAACUCUUAGAUUGCAGUCUCAAUUUCCCCUCUCGCUCAAUCGCCAAACCUGCCGCAACGUCACAGCUCCCUGAGGAUGGCUCCUUUCUGUCGUCGACGGAGCUCGACGGUUUCGCUAACGUCGCUGGCAGAUUGGCGGACGCUUCCGGUGAAGUCAUCCGGAAGUACUUCCGCAAGAAAUUCGAAAUUCUCGACAAGGAUGACUCGAGUCCAGUGACGAUUGCCGAUAGGGCGGCUGAGGAAGCAAUGAUUUCGAUCAUAUUGGAGCACUUCCCUUCUCAUGCAAUUUAUGGGGAGGAGAAUGGUUGGCAGUGUAAAGAGAAGUCUUCAGAUUUCGUCUGGGUUUUGGAUCCAAUUGAUGGCACUAAAAGCUUCAUAACUGGGAAACCACUAUUUGGCACGCUCAUUUCUCUGCUAUUCAAGGGUAAACCGAUACUAGGCAUAAUCGAUCAGCCCAUACUAAGAGAACGAUGGAUCGGAAUGGUUGGAAGGAGAACAACAUUAAACGGGGAAGAAAUUUCAACUCGCGGUUGCCUGCAACUGUCACAAGCAUACUUGUACACUACCAGCCCCCACCUUUUCAGCGGGGAUGCUGUAGAGGCAUUUGCUCGUGUUAGAGAUAAGGUGAAAGUGCCAUUAUACGGGUGCGACUGCUAUGCUUAUGCCCUUCUGGCAUCUGGAUACGUAGAUCUCGUCAUUGAAUCUGGUCUCAAGCCCUACGAUUUUCUCGCCCUGAUCCCAGUGAUAGAGGGCGCUGGAGGGAUUAUUACCGAUUGGGAAGGCCGUGAUCUCUCUUGGGAGGCAUCUCAAGAUUGUAAAGCUCCAAGUUUCAAUGUUGUGGCAGCUGGAGACAGGCAGAUUCACCAACAAGCUCUAGAUGCAUUGCAGUGGCCCUGAAGAUGUGCUAUUUGCGACGAAAUCAACUGCCGUAUCUCAACUGUAACAUUUCUUCACCUCGGUAACCAUAGCUAAACAAAUCCUAGGUCAUUUUAGUUAGGACUUAGGACUUGGCCGGAAAUCAACGAUGAUGACAUGCUCGGGUCCUUACCGGAUCAAAUCAUCCUCUCUUUUAUGCAAACCAGGUACUCCUUCGGCACUGUAGUCCGCAAUGCGGUGUAGGUUUGCUUGCACCCCAAUUUCGUAUGUAUGAUAGAAGUUCCUUAGAUUGUAAGGUUGGUUUACUCAGACAUCUUGCUCUGAGACCACCUGGAUGCCUUUUCUUACGAACUUAGAGGUCCUUCCUACCACACAAUAGAUCGAGUUCCCUGUUCAAUAGACUCAAAUGAAUAAGCACAGCAAUGCAAAUUCCUCCAACAAAUAAGUAAAAGUUCAUUCAGUCCACUGCGGUAUGCUGUUCACGAUCCGGUUACUACGCUGACGGAGUUCGUAUAAGCGAGGACUGACAAGUUCACAAAACAGAGCUCCAGAUCGCAACUCCUGGCCAACAUCAACCGCCUCAGGAAGAAGUACGCUGGCGCUUGGAGUGCUUGUUUGUAAGACUGGGAUGAAUCCCAGUUUAUACAUCUUAUGUGUUCGUCCAACUUUCUUCUUUAUAACUGUAUCAUCUAUAAGUGUUCAAAGUGAAAUUCCGAAUCAUCGUAGCGUUAAUAUCGGAGUUUAUCGAGACUGGAAUACGAAUUCAACUACUACCGAUCUCGAAACGAUAUUGAAAGCAGAUUUAAACCGCAAACUACUUUAU